UAUGCAAGAACGAAUUUACGGAUUUGAAGCUGAUGAUAAUAUUAAAAAUAAAAAGUAAUUAAGUUGAAGAGAUUGUAAAUUAUUAUUUGUAAGUUGUUUAUGAUGCUGACACGAGUAAUUCAAUCCCCAUUAUUAUCAUUAGUAGGAGUUUCAGUUUCCCACAAUUGCAAUUGCUUGACUCCCAACUUUCGUGGUGUUUGUGUUGGAAUCAGUAGUAGUGUCAACACUAAACUCAAACACUACUUCAAUCACUGCUACAUCUACUCUCUCACAUCGAAUUCCAACUUCCAUUGUUGUUGUUCAUCAAUGGCGUCGGAAACAGGAGAGAAGACGGUUGUGCCGCCGAUAGCAAAGAAAGAGAAACAUGAGAUAGAGAUGUUCGGCGACAUCAGAACUGAUAAUUACUAUUGGCUUCGGGAUGAUUCUCGCUCUAAAGCCGAUAUUCUCUCUCAUCUUCGUGCUGAAAAUUCCUACACUGAUUUCAUCAUGUCCGGGACCAAGCAAUUUGAAGAAAAGCUGUAUGCAGAGAUUAGAGGACGAAUAAAGGAGGAUGAUAUGUCUGUACCUUUACGGAAAGGGAACUACUACUACUAUGAAAGGACCCUAGAAGGGGAGGAGUAUGUGCGACACUGCAGGCGUGCUGCUCCAGACAGUGGAGUCCAACUGUCUGUGCAUGAUACUAUGCCAACUGGACCUGACGCUCCUCCUGAACAUGUAAUACUGGACGAGAAUGUUAAGGCUAAGCAGCAUGCGUACUAUUGCGUUGAUGCUUUAAAGGUAAGUCCAAACAAUAAGCUGGUAGCAUAUGCGGAAGAUACUAAAGGGGAUGAGAUUUAUACUAUUCACAUCAUCGAUGCUGACACUCUAGAACCCGUUGAAAAGCCUCUAGUGGGUGUGACAUGUGAUGUUGAAUGGGCAGGCGAUGGGGCCUUGUUGUACGUUACAAUGGAUGAGAUCCUUCGACCAGACAAGGUGUGGUUACAUAAGUUGGGAACGGAACAAUCAAGUGACUCUUGUCUUUACCAUGAGAAGGAUGAAAAGUUCUUUCUUCAUCUUAAUGUAUCUGAGAGCGAAAAAUAUUUGUUUGUUGCACCUGGAAGUAAAACUACAAGGUUUAUCUUCUAUCUUGACACAUCCAAACCUGAAGAAGGACUCAAAGUUUUGACUCCUCGGACAGAAGGUGUAUCCACGUAUGCCAGUCAUCGUGGUGACCAUUUCUUUAUUAGAAGGAGGACUGAUGUGUGCUUCAAUUCGGAAUUGCUAGCUUGUCCAGUGGAAAAUCCAUCAGCUAUGACACUUCUUCUCCCACAUAGGGAAAGUGUAAAACUUAGAAAUUUCCAGCUUUUUCAGAAUCAUCUUGUCGUGUUUGAGCGUGAAGGCGGUCUCGCUAAAGUAGUUGUUUAUCGUCUUCCUGCCAUUGAUCAGCCACUUGAACACCUUUCUGGGGGCCGCAAUGUUGACUUCGUUGAUCCUGUAUAUGAUGUCCAUUCUUUGGAAUCACAAUUUUCCUCCAAUGUACUAAGGUUCUCAUACAGCUCUUUGAGGACCCCACAUUCUGUAUAUGACUAUGACAUGGACAGUAGCGAGUGCGUCUUGAAGAAAUCUGAUACAGUAUUAGGUGGUUUUGAUGCAUCAAACUAUGUGACAGAAAGAAAGUGGGCCACUGCCUCAGAUGGUACUCAGAUUCCAUUAUCAGUUGUCUAUCGGAAGGAUCUUGUGAAGCUUGAUGGUUCUGACCCAUUGUUACUGUAUGGCUAUGGAUCAUAUGAGAUAUGCAUAGAUCCUACCUUCAAGGCAUCAAGGUUAUCUUUGUUGGACCGUGGUUUCAUAUUUGUCAUAGCUCAUAUCCGUGGUGGUGGAGAAAUGGGGAGGAAAUGGUAUGAGAAUGGAAAAUUUUUAAAGAAGCUGAACACUUUCACUGAUUUUAUAACAUGUGCCGAGUAUCUUAUAGAAAAUAAGUACUGCUCAAAGGAAAAGCUCUGCAUACAUGGAAGAAGUGCGGGAGGAUUACUAAUCGGUAGCGUCUUAAAUAUGCGACCUGAUUUAUUUAAGGCUGCCGUACUCGGUGUACCUUUUGUUGAUGUUGUAACAACCAUGCUUGAUCCAACAAUUCCUCUGACAACUGCAGAGUGGGAGGAAUGGGGUGAUCCUCGGGAAAAGGAGUUCUAUUACUACAUGAAAUCAUAUUCUCCUGUGGAUAAUGUUAAAGCGCAAAACUAUCCCCAUAUACUGGUUACAGCUGGCUUACAUGAUCCACGUGUGAUGUAUUCAGAACCUGCUAAAUUUGUCGCAAAACUGAGGGAAUUAAAGACUGAUGAUAACACGCUCUUGUUUAAAUGCGAAUUUGGCGCAGGGCACUUCGCAAAAUCGGGAAGAUUUGAGAAACUCCAGGAAGAUGCCUUCACAUUCACAUUCCUGUUCAAGAUUUUAAACAUGAUUCCUGCCCCGAAAACGGCUUAAUGAUGACCAUGGGUGCUAGUUGCUCUUGUGUGGCUUGUCUGCAGAAGGGCAUCCAUGCUGUCUAGUAUGUCUCUGGAGGUGAUCGUCUUCCCUGCUCUCGAAAAUGAUGAUUGCUGGCUCGACAUAACUACUUAUUUAGCAGCAAAGCUCCCAAGCUUUAGGGCUCAGCAUUGCUCCAACGGAGUUCUAGGGACUAGGAUCUUUAAUUUUUUUGCAAGUUAUUUAAGACCUGUCAAUUUUUGAUGAACAAAGGAUGCAUCUUUUAUUAAAAUAUUUAUUAAAUAGGAUUAGGAUUUCUGUUGAAGAUGAUCAACUGCAAUUUAAACAUACUUUACAUUAUUAAGAAACUAAGACUUUUUUGAGAUUGCUAUCAUCAAAGAUCUCAUUUCCUGUCUUCCAA